AUGUGUUCAAAAUUAGUGUACCUGUGUGCGCUAAUUACAGUGGCCUUGAGCAGUAGCUGUGUGGCUGUAGAAAUACCCAUUGUAACCGCAACACAUAGUGGGCGUGGCCUAUUAACUGACAAUUCCGUUUCACGAACGUUGCAUCAUGUUCUAAAUCAUUGCCUGAAUCAAAACGAUGUGCUGUGGUGUUUCAAAAUACAGGGUGCAAAACUUUUGGGACGUGCCCUGAAAUUCCAGAAUAUCAAUAUCAUUGAAGGCGUUACCUUGGUUAAGAAAAAUGACAGCGAAUUGAGGACGGGACGUUCCAGUGUUAUGGAUAUGAAGCUAGGCAACCGUGAUCUAGAAAAUCUUUCAUCGAAAAGUCUGGAUUCCUUGCUAAUGGAAAGAUGUACCUCAUUCAUCAGAUCACGACAGUUGCAAGUCAAUUUGCCACGUCUAUUGUCCUUUGGCAAGAGCAAUGCCCAGGAUGUAAUGCAAUCGGUAAUGAAUUUCUUUACCUCGACCACAGCGAAGGCCAAUGAGGCUGCCGAUGAAAUUGUGGGCGGUGAUGGAGUGGAGGAGGGUCGCAAGAAAAAGGACGACAAAAAGUAUUUGGGACCCUUUAUAGCUGCCGUAAUGCUGAAAGCGGCUAUUCUGAAGAUGGCAUACCAUUCAAUAGCCAUUGUGGCCGGCAAGGCAUUGAUUGUGGGCAAAAUUGCUCUAAUUAUCAGUGCCAUUAUUGGUCUCAAGAAAUUGGUAUCCGGAGAGGGUGGUGAGAAGACCACCUAUGAAAUUGUCAAACAUCCACAAGUUCAACAAAGUCACACAUAUUCCUCAAGUCAUCAGAAUGAAUACGAAGGCGGUCAUGAAAGUGGUUCCUAUCAUCGCAGCAUGGACGAUGAAAUGAUGAUGCAGGAUAAGGCUUACAAUGCAUGGGUGCCAACAACAUCGUAA